AUGCUCGCGACGGUCCAAAACCUCGAGGGCGUUACGCUCAUCGGCGCGAACUUCAUGAUGUUGCUGAACCCCUCGUGGAACCCGGCGCAGGACGAGCAGGCCGCCAUGCGCAUCCACCGCAUCGGCCAGUCGCGGGCGUGCACGGUCAUCCGCCUCGUGGGCCGGGGCACGAUCGAGGAGACGAUCGUCGGGCGCCAGGCCGAGAAGGACGGCCUCUGCGCGAUCCUCACCCAGGGC